UACGUACGUACGUGUGUGCGGCCGGCUAUCUUGAUUAUGCACUGAACACACGAACGAAAUGGCAACUGUGUUGAGAUUUUCUCGUAUUUUGCAGCAUUUACGGGGCAUCGAUUGCUCCAAGAGCAAAGCUGCAAGAGCCGGCAAACUUCUGCACAGACAUGCUCCGUGUGCUACUCUCUGGAGAAACCAUUCCAUCUACACAACCACCAAAAUAAACCCAGAUGAGCCAACUUUCGACAAAAUCCUGAUUGCCAACCGGGGUGAGAUUGCCUGCCGCGUCAUGCACACGUGUCGAUUGAUGGGGAUCAAGACGGUUGCUAUCUACAGCGAGGCUGAUGCCAGUGCGUUGCAUGUUAAGAUGGCAGAUGAAUCGAGAUGUGUCGGCCCGGCAGCGUCUCGAGAGAGCUACCUCAAUGUUGACCGCAUCAUGGAGGUUAUACGAGAAACCGGUGCCCAGGCUGUUCACCCGGGCUAUGGCUUUCUCUCAGAGAACAAAGACUUUGCCAGGAGGCUGACCAACGAGGGAAUCAUCUUCAUCGGUCCAGGCACGGAUGCCAUCCAUGCCAUGGGCGACAAGAUCGAGAGCAAGAUCUUGGCCAAGGAGGCUGGGGUGCACACCAUCCCGGGCUUUGAUGGGGUCAUCAAAGAUGAGACAGAGGCAGUCAAGAAGGCCAAUGAGAUAGGGUAUCCAGUGAUGCUGAAGGCGUCAGCUGGCGGUGGGGGCAAAGGAAUGAGAAUAGCUUGGAACGACGACGAAGCAAGGGAAGGAUUUCGUCUGUCGUCUCAGGAGGCUGCGUCCAGCUUUGGCGACGAUCGUCUCUUGAUAGAGCGAUUCAUUGACAACCCACGACAUAUUGAAAUGCAAAUUUUAGCUGAUAGCCAUGGCAAUGCAAUCUAUCUGAACGAGAGAGAAUGUUCCAUACAGCGACGAAAUCAGAAGGUGAUCGAGGAAGCGCCAAGCGUGUUUUUAGACGAAGAAACUAGGAAGAGAAUGGGCAACCAGGCCGUCCAGCUGGCCAGAGCUGUCAACUACAUCACCGCCGGGACAGUUGAGUUUCUCGUUGACUCGCAGAGGAAUUUUUACUUCCUGGAGAUGAAUACCAGGUUACAGGUUGAGCAUCCAAUCACGGAAUGUAUCACUGGGGUGGACAUUGUGCAAGAGAUGAUCCGAGUGGCUAAGGGAUACCCACUCCAGCUCAGGCAGGCAGAUGUGCCCAUCAAUGGCUGGGCAGUGGAGUGCAGGGUCUAUGCUGAGGAUCCAUACAAGGCUUUCGGCAUGCCGUCCAUCGGUCACUUGUACAGGUAUCAGGAGCCUAAAAAUAUCCCCAAUGUUCGUGUGGACACCGGAAUCCAAGAGGGUAGUGAAAUCAGCAUUCACUAUGACCCCAUGAUAUCCAAGCUCGUCACGUACGGAAAGGACAGGCAAGAAGCCUUGGAUCUGAUGUCCAGAGCGUUGGAUCAUUACAUCAUAAGGGGGGUAACUCACAACAUUUCCCUCCUACAAGACGUCAUUGCCCAUCCCCGGUUCAUCUCAGGAGACAUCAACACCAAAUUUCUGCCGACAGAGUAUCCAGAAGGCUUCAAAGGCCUUCAACUCAACAAGGACAAUGAGGCUAUGCUAGCGGCUGUCGCCAGCUGCGUGUUCGUCAAAGACUUGUGGAGGGCCCAAGAAUUUCUCAACCAAACUAGGAUUCUGCCAAUACCCACCAAAGAGAAGGAAUGGUCGUUGUCUGUGACAGUUGCCGGGAGCAAACACGACGUCACAGUCAGCAAAACGGACUCAGGAUUCAAGGUUUCUGUGGGAGGGUCAGACAUCACCAUCGAUGGCGAGUGGAAUAUGGCUCAGGAUAUCAUCACACCAACCAUCAAUGGUUCCCCAUGUGAUCUGCAGGUGAUAUCUCAUAAUGCAACAGGAGCCAUUCAGUUACAAUUCAAAGGCACAGUGUUUCCCAUGUCUGUAUUGAGGAAGGAAGUAGCCGAGCUGCAGGCAUUAAUGCCAGAGAAGGUCAAACCAGAUCAGAGCAAGGAGGUAGCGUCGCCUAUGGCAGGAAAGGUACACGCCAUCGAUGUUGAAGUCGGGCAGAAAGUCUACGAGGGCCAGGAGGUGUGUGUGGUGGAGGCCAUGAAAAUGCACAACAGCCUCUCGGCAGCUGCCACCGGGAAAGUCAAAGCCAUCCACUGCGCUGUGGGGGACAACAUCGCCGAAGAUGACGUCCUCAUCGAGUUGGAAUAAAGCUGAAUGGGUGUGGAAAUGGAAGAUUUUUGAGACGCUCGGUGGUGGCAAACAAAGCAGUUCAACGCUUGAGCUGCAGUGCAGGUGCUGAAACUGAUGCCAAUAGAAGUGAACAGAUCUCAUAGGACCAGUAUGUUUGCCACCAUCAAGUGUCUCAAAAACCUCCUGUUAAAUUAAAUACAGACACGCGAUCACUGAAACUGUACCACACUAUUGGUGGCAGUUAUUUAAUGUCAACGACCUGUGUGCUUAAUAUUCCCUUAAAUGGAUAUUUUUUGAGAAACUUGAGGGGUAUGGAAGUGUCACAUGAACGUUUCACUGUAUCUUGUAUAGUCUUGUAUGCCGCCCUCUGUUGAAAAAAGUCUUGGUUUUGCUACACUGCCUUAAUUCUUUUUGCAUGGUUCAGAAUGGCAGAGAAAAGAGUCAGGGAACCCAACAAGAAAGUACACCAGUUGUAUGGAACUUUUCUACCCUGUCCAAUCUACUUUAUCUACCAGUGUGUUGGGCUGAUUGCAGUAAUAUAGUAUUACGCCCUCUUGUGGGUAUGCACGAAACUGAUGAAAACUCACACAGUAUGACAUGUUUGAUUCUUGUAUCUCCAAUCAUAUACUUUGAUUUCUGUGGUGUCGUUUAGACAGGGUAACUUACAAGCAUUCUUCCACUCUUCCGAAUACGAAUUUUGUGGACCUGCACAGCAGAGAGUAUAACUCGACCAAAUUUCUUUCAUAAUUAUACAAUCAAAAUUGAGUUGACAUUACAGAACAGCUGGGCCCUUGGGCCAUUCUGACAAGUCAUGUGGCAUUCAAUUGCAAUAUUCUGAAUGUCAAAAGAGGAACAUUUUUAGAGAAAUCCAACCCGUCAGAAAAAAAACGCUGGUAAAAGUCAAACUAUCUGUAAUUCAUGCGCUUCUUGCUGUGUUUUUGUCUUAAAAAGACGUUACUUGUAUUAUUCUAGGUGAAAAUUUCAAUCGAUGGUAACCUCUCUGGUUCUUGAGUUUUACUUUUUCUGUCUGAGAAAUGGAUUUUGAUGUCUUUCUAAGAUUGAACCUUCGCGAUUGAAUUCAUACCAAAUAGCAAAUUCUGUGGUAUCCCUAACCUUCAAGUUCUAAAUGUGAAUCACGAAGAAUCCUGUUCGGUUUAGCUGUCCGUUUUUUCCUGGUCAAAAUCCUAAAAUCAUUGUAAAGAUAAAACUACUUUGUUUUUCUUCCAAAGAAAAAUCAAAGAACAGAGAAUUAUAGUUGCUGAAUGAAAUGUCACGCCACGUGGUUUUUCUAGUGUGGUCAGAAUUAUCCUCAAAAGGGCUACAUCCAUUUAUAAGAAAUAAAGGUUGGAGAAAAAACCAAAAAAAUCACGUUGAAAUCACAUUUAUUAUAAAGAGGUGUCCACUGGAUGGAUUUUAUACUGUUUGACAAUCCAUUAAUUAUCUUCUUGGAAUGUACUUAAAACUUCUUUAUUUUUCAGUACAUCUAUACAUGUCACAAAUGCUUGUACAUCGAUAGCAAGAAUAUUAGUACUCGGACAUAAUGUGAAGACGUUACUUCAAGUUUCCGUCACUGAAACCAACAACAUGGCUACUGUGAAGGACAGAACAUACUUGGCAAUAACACUUCAAGAUUUCUAAGUACAUGUCAGACAGA